CUGCAUAUAAAUAACCUGUCGUCACUGCUUACAAGACUGGUAAUGGCUGAAAUGCAGUCUCCAAGGAUAGCAGGAAGAAAACGAGGCAGACCCCCACUUCACUCAGCACCGAUAAAAAUGGCGGUCCACAACCUCUAUUCUACAUCUGCCUGUUCCUUGCCAGUUGUGAAGAUCCCAAAGAAGAGAGGCCGGAAACCUGGGCACAAGCUGAAGUCUCGUGUUCUAAUGACUCCUUUAGCAAUCUCUCCUCCGAGAAGCACGCCAGAGCCAGAUGUCAGCUCCAUCCCCCAGGAUGCAGCCGCCAUGCCCAGCUCGGCAGCAGCAACACAGGCUCUCCCAGUUUGCAUUUAUGUCAACAAACAAGCCAACUUGGGGCCAUACCUGGAGAGGAAGAAGGUACAGCAGCUCCCGGAGCACUUUGGCCCAGAGAGGCCCUCAGCAGUCCUGCAGCAGGCGGUUCAGGCGUGCAUAGACUGUGCACGCCAGCAGAAGGCAGUCUUCUUCCUGGUCAAGCAGGGCUAUGGUGGCGAGAUGGUGUCUGUCUCAGCUUCUUUUGAUGGGAAACAGCAUCUCCUGAGCCUGCCCGUGGUGAACAGCCUCGGCUGUGUCUUAAGCUUCCUGAGGAAGCUGUGUCAGAGCCUUUUGUGUGACAACCUCUUCAGCAGCCAGCCUCUUCCCCACUUCCCCCGGGGUCCUGAGGACAGGAGGAUGAAGUCAGCCUCAAGUCCUUCUCCAGAUGGACAAGAUGCCACCCGACCUACCAGCAAGAAUCCCUCCACCUGGACUGUGGAAGAUGUGGUCUGGUUUGUGAAAGAUGCUGACCCCCAGGCCUUGGGACCUCAUGUGGAGCUCUUCAGAAAACAUGAAAUUGAUGGCAAUGCAUUAUUGCUGCUGAAGAGUGACAUGAUCAUGAAAUACCUGGGCCUGAAACUAGGGCCGGCACUGAAACUUUGCUACCACAUCGAUAAACUCAAACAGUCUAAGUUCUGA